AUGCAGGUCAUUCGGUCUAUUCGCGAUGCUAUCUCUUACUGCAUCGGCAAAAAACAACAAUUCUCCUUGGAUGGUCUCCCUGUGGAGAUUUUGUCAUCAAUAUCAGAUCUGCUGUCCCGCGAAGAUAUCUACUGUCUUUCGUUAACCAAUUCACGACUUUUCUCAACACUCAAAUGUCGAAGGGAGCGGCUCCGAACGCCCAGAGGAAGGGGCAAGCUACCCCUCCUUCAUAGAAUUGGGCGUGAUUUACCUAACCACCUCGUUUGCUAUUGUUGUCUUGUCCUGCACAAAUAUGAUAGGUCUGAACAAUCCUCCGUGACUCUCCAACCGCCAUUUAGAUGGUUUUACUACCUCCCUUGUGUGGAGGAUGGGAAACAAGUUUCAUCUCGGCUCGCUUUGCAGCUACUUCAGUUUGAAUUCUAUGGCCGCUACCGUUUCUACUUUGUGCAUCUUCAACUCGCUAUGCAAAGGUUCUACCACGGUCCAAGAUUUGGUAUCACUACCGAGUCGUUAUCGUAUACCGAGGUGAAAGAAUACGAUGAGUCACGUACGUUGUUCUCAACUGAAGCACAAAUAUGUCCGGGUAAAGGAAGGCUUCCGAUGGCAUCCACACACUCAGAGCCAUCGGCAUUUCCAAAGACACCAAUACACUCAGGGGAAACACCGUAUUCUAGAAGAACGACAGAGCUGCGACAGCCAGGAUACCCGGGAGGGCCGACUCAGUUCGAAGUUCAUAACUUAUGCCUACGAAUGCAAGGUAUUAAGUUAGUUGCUCGCAAGCAGCUUCAUCUAUUUUGCUCUGAUACAUUACGUGGCUCCUCUCAGAUCUUCUACGUCUGCGGACAUAUCUCGCACUCAACAUUAUUGACAUCGAUAGUCAAGUCCUAUAUUGCCGGAAAGGAACCAACAGACUGUCAUAUUGCCGCGACUUGCAAAAACUGCAACACGGAUUACGAGCUUCAACUUGUUGAAUGCGGUCAAGGUGAUCUCGCUAUAGUUAUCACGAGGUGGAUCAACUUGGGCCCAGGUCUUAGCCCAGAUGAUCCACAAUGGAAAGUCCACGUAUUCCGGCCUCGAGAGCGGAAACGACUCUCGUUGGAUACAAGAAUCUCAUAUACAAGUGCUCGGCACUCGUUUGAAACCACCGUCGCAAAGAAAUGGUCGGCCGAAGCUCUUUCUUCUUACAAUCUUUCAUUUCUACGAGCUCGGAAAUACAAAGCUGUGAUGGAGAAUACCACAUUUCCUGGAGAUCCAUGGACCCUAUACUAUCCUCGGGGACCCAUGGAGAGUCUGGCAUACCCAAUAAGCCAGACAGGGCCGCUGGUGCCGCCGCCGCGCCAUAAGGGCAAACUGGAAUAA